UCCGGCUAGGAUCCCAAAUCGCAAUGGUGGUGACCACUUCUCCUCCUCCUCCUCUUGCAGUUGUGGAAGAACUUCAUGAUUGUUGACUGUGAUUUUUCACUCUUAUUGUUGACUUUGAUUUUUGACUCUGAUGGUGGUGAUGAUGUUGGUUGAUGCACGUGCUGCAGAUGAGCCACUGGGAGAUCUUCGGAUGAAGGCUUCCUCAAGUGGCUAUCGAGGUUUGGAAGCUGAGAACGGGUCGGAUGCAAAGAGAAGCUACACCAAAACAGCUGCAGAUCCAUCCAUAGAGGGAGGCCCAACGUCUGGGAUUACAGAUGCAGAAACUGGGCAGUUAACGCAAAACCCGACAAGCUCAGUCUCAGGCCAGGGUCCUUCGUCUGCAGAGUUUAGUGGAGCGGCAGUUCCCAACGCGAUGAAGAAUACCAAGUUGCAGAGUGCAAGGAAGGAUGACAAGGCAGGGAUGCACUAUAUACGCAAUCAUGGGAGGCAGGGAGCUACCACUGCCUCGUACCCUUCUAUGUAUCGAACACAUGCCCAGCGUUCUCACGCAUCUUCGGGAAGGAAUAGGAAUCCGCCCAUCCACUCCCCGCAGCGGGUUCUGUACACGUCAAGUCACAAUGGAGGUCCCGCUUCCACGACAAAGUCGCCGGGCGAGAUCGACACCGCUCAGACAGAGGCUUAUCAGGAAUUGCGAUUCUCGACAGCUCGUACUACAGGAGGAAAUGUGGAAUUUGAGAACACAUAUAGUCCUGAUCAGUCCCAGACCGAGCGUCACGAUUACAGCUCUCCUCAUGAUUUGUUCGUGGGAGCAAGCUUUAAGCCAACACGCACAGCUAAACCUUCUACGCGGAGGGUGAGGGCGGCCGGUGCUGCAGGCGCUUCACGAUCUCAGCAUUUGGCAAAGGCGUUCGGCAACAACAUAGAGAUUGACGAGCUCGCAUCGUGGGCUAAGAGCCCUCACAAGCUGUUCGACCUUCCUGUUGCUCCGGAAAGAGAAGCAUGGCGGCAGGAGGUCAUGGAUCAAAUCUCUUACCUUAGAGGGAAUCCGUCCGUCCCUCGGUCACCUACCGGUAGGGGUGAAUGCAGCAAUCGUGGGUGUCCAAGCCCGUACGCAAGACUCGAUCCUCUGCUACUAGAUUUGGUGCAAGGAUCAUCCUCCUCAAGGAAGAAGAUAAAGCUAGAGAUAAUGAAGGCCAAGCUCCGUCCGGUGAGCCCGAUGCGCUCCCGUCCUUUCACGAUGCCAGGCACAGACCAUGCAGGUGUGGAGUGGGAAUUGUUCCAGGAGACAAUCACUGCGGAAGAGACAAGACAUCCCGAAGUCGACAAUGGGAAUUUCUCCAAGGCAAAAGAAAGAACACCUGUAGCAAGCGGAGUACAAAGCAACCGAUGGGAGAUAAUCACUGUGAAAGAGACGAGACACGCCGAAGCCGAUCGUGAGAACUUCCCCAAGGAAAAAGAAAGAACACCUGUAGCAAGCGGAGUGCAAAACAACCAACAGGAGACAGUCACUACAAGACACACCGAAGAUGAUCGUGAGAGUUUCCCCAAGGCGAAAGAAAGAACACCUGUAGCAAGCGGAGAACAAACCAACCAACGACAGCAGCAACAUAUUCCCGAACAACCACAAUGCGGCCAUGAACUGCUGCACUCCAAGGAGGAGAAGGCGAUGUUGGUCCCGCCAACCUUGGGUCCAGGCCAGGAAGGAGGACCAUUUAGCCUUGAGGAGCAAGCACUAGCAACGGUGAGUCCUAAGGAAGUGCAUACAGAGCAGCACAAGCGGCAUGAAGCAGGAGUGGAGAAGGAUAAACAAAAUGUGUCUCCAAUUGUUCAGCAGGGAACGACAGGACAAAGUACAAAGAAAAAAAAAACAAAACUGAAGUUGGAUAUGAGCGCUGUCCGCAGCUCAUUGGAGUCAGAAAAGGAGGAGUCUGAUUAUAAUCAAAAGCUAGAUCUUCAUCUGCAAGAAGCGCAUCAUGGGGCCACCUCUGCAGCAGCAAACUCACUGAAAAAGAAUUCACUGAAGAAUGCAGAGCCUGAUAACCGAUCAACAGUAGCCGUUACAACUGCUGCGGCAGCAUCAGCAUCUGGAGACAUUCAGCGUGCAAGUUCCGAAGUGAUCAGAUCUGCUGGUCACAAGGAUACAUCCAAAUCGCAUGCCGUGACCGGCCGGAAGUCGUCAAAGAAUUCCGAGGAUCAUCUUGUGCCCAGGCCAGGAGAAGAAAAUUACCUCGUGAUUCUACAAUCUGAUGAGGAAUUGUCCAGGUUGGAAACGGUAAGACUUGCGGAGUACGUGCAUCCGGCAAGCACGCAUGAUGUUUUGCCCAUAGCGAAUCAGAAGGGUCCUGUCCGCAGAUCAACACAGUCUGGAUCGAUGAAGUCCGAGGGGGGACAAGAACACGGCUUAUCGUCUGCAUCUACGUUACACGAUGAGCAUCAUCAUCGUGCCACCGAGAAUAUCGGUGGCUCAUCAGCGCAGAAAAGAGCUGCAGUGACUUUAGGGGCUUCCGCUAGUGGUACUUCUGCACUGUAUAGUGAGAAAGAGGUACCCACUAGAGUGGGAGAAACACAGUCCUAUACACCUGGUUCAUUAUCUGUGUCCAGCAAGUCCUCCACUGAGGACAGGCUGGCAGCAUAAUAUUUAGUUGAGUUAUACGUACAAAAUGUAUCUUCCAUGUCAGCUGCUUGACAAUUAUUCAAAGAUGGUCUAGGGAAGGAAGCCUGAAGGGUUUUGAAAGGCAGCAUGCAUGGUUUUCAAAAAAAAAAAUAAAAAUAAAUAACAGAAAAAAAG